CCUGCACCAGCCAUUAUGAGUUAAUUCCUAAAAAUGCUCUAAAGCCGUGCAGAGGAUUACCAUGAGCAUUAUUUUGUUCUUGGACCGAAAAAAAAUUGAAGCAUGGAUAGAUCAGAAGGACAUGAAAUCAGUGCAGAAAUGGCCCAAGACUACUCUGCAUUUGCACAAGUAGAUUUUUCUCAAGAGUGUCAGAAGCUGGAUGUAGCAAUUGAGGAUAUGCUGGCAAAGCUAGAAGAGUUUGGCAGUCUCAUGGAAAUGAUGUCCGAGUGUUCGGGCGCCGCGCUUAGCGAGAUGGUGCCGCGCGUGUUCGCCGCCCGCCAGCGCCUGCAGCAGCUGUUCCAGCGCGUGGACGCCAUGGAGACGUUCGUGGCGACGGCCGGCAGCCAGCUGGCGCGCCUCGAGGAGCAGAUGGACCGGGCCGAGCGCGAGCUGGCCGCCCCAGGCUCGCUGACCCAGACGUUCUCCGCCCUCUUUCAGACGAGGCGGAGGGACGAGGCCCAGGAGCCAGCCGUGUUCACGCCGCCAGAGAUAUACCGGUCAGAGGACUUCUUCCAUCAGCGGAGCGAGCCGCUCGGCGUGCCCGAGGGCUGACGAUUCCGCUCCGUGCGCAGCGGCACGCCGCAUCACCAGCCCGCUGCAUGGCCAGCGCCGCUAUCUUUUAGGGAUUUUGAACUAGAAGUGGCCUGUGUUGCGUUCGUUUCUGGGGCGCACACAAGCAGGGCAAUGGUAAAGCGGACUGGGGGUGUGUAGGAUUGAUGCUCAGGUGCCGGCGUCCAAGUACACCGCCGCUGCAGAAUCGGUUGUAUCCAUUAUGUUGUGCCUGUGAAAAUGAUAAGCGUUGUUCAGGCGUUGUUGGGGUGUCAUUUACGACUGCGAUGCGGUGUUGCGAAGGCAUGCUCGACUGGCGCGGUUUUCAGCGAUACUUUAGAGUGAGUGAAUAGCCUACGGUAAGCGUAAACAAAACAACCCGGACGAUGAGCAACACUGUACCAUUUGACGUGCACGUACGCCUUCCCGCUUGCUGGCUGCGCAUUGUCAGCAUGUGGCUCUUGAUGCUGAUACCACAUAUUGUGUGCGCACGCCGCUGGUCAAGGUGACGCCUGCCUCUCUGCAGUGCUGUUAUCAACUCACGCGACUGGACUCACGCGCAAAGUAUGCGCAGUGGAGACUUCACGGUGCACGCACAGUGAAGACUAUCACGGUGCACGCACAGUGAAGACAACACAUCACGGUGCACGCACAGUGAAGACAACACAUCACGGUGCACGCACAGUGAAGACAACACCUCACGGUGCACGCCACUUACGAUUGUCUGCUCAUUUGAGGUGGAGCCAUGCCGGGAUUUCGGGUUGGUGACCGAUAGUGUUUUGUAGUUCGAGCUUGUGGCGGACAAGGGGCGUGAGAGCAGGUACACAUGUGCUGAUUCUCACGAAUAAAACUUUGAAGAUGAGGCAUGUCAUCUAGGAAUGUUUAUUUUAGUUACACAAAGACCCGUGUGUUGUAACGAAAGCGAAGUAUGUUUUAUUCCCAUAUUGCUGUUUAAACGGUUGCUUCAAAUCUAUCCACAACUUUUUGAGCCAGCAUGUUUUCAUUUUGUCCUUUGUUAAGUUCGACAUGGUUUGGUCAGUUUCCCAGCUGAUCCCUUACUGAUCCUUCCCAGCUAAUCCUCAGUUUCGAUUCAGAUUCAGAAUCGAUUUGAGAGUCGCCCAAAUCAUCCAUGAAUCUGACAUUCCGUUUUUGUUCGUGGCGGCCCAGGACACCGGCGGUAAAUCUGCAUGAAGCCAGGUGCCUACGCCCGCAAUGCGUCUCCUGGGCGUCAUUGUCAUUAGUUAAUGGGCAUUUUAAUGUGCCACCUGUUACCAUUUAAUUUUAUGUCGUGCUAUUCCAUAAACCCUUCGCUUAGCGUUUGGUGUUGCAUGUGUGCACUGGAAGGUGUGUUUACAUUGCCGUUAUUUUUUUUAUCGCACUGGGCUAGCAAUAAACGUUACGAGGUAU